AGAAGAAGGUUCCCCGGUCUGCAGAGAUACUUGAGUAAGAAGAAAAAGCUUCAGCCGCUGAUGUGUUUGUACUAAAGUGAAUCAUGUGUGACGGAUCUCCAGUGGACCGACAGCUUGAAGGUUUCCAGAUGAAGCCUGUGAAGAAGGAAGAACCUGAAGAUGAAGAUGAACUUGAACUGAACAAGGAUUUCUCCUGCUCCUCGUGUCCACGUUCCUCUACAACCCAGAAUCACCUCCACAAUCACAUCAAGAGCUGCAACCAUGAUAAAGAUGAUGAUGCGCUGGUGAAGAUUAAGACUGAACAUGAGGAUCUGACGCCCACCAGAAGCUCCAGUAAUCAGCAAACGUCCUCUGGUACUGUCAGCAUUAACACCUCUCUCAGUCACACACAGGAAGAAGGAAACGUCUGCUCACAGUGUGGAAAGAGCUUCAGUACCCGGGGUGCUCUCAAAAAACACCAGCGCAUUCACACCGGAGAGAAACCUUACUCCUGCUCACUGUGUGGAAAGAGUUUUAAUCAACAGGAUCAUCUGAAAGUACAUCAGCGUGUUCACACUGGAGAAAAACCGUAUUCCUGCUUACAGUGUGGAACAAGUUUUACAACACAGAGUCAUCUGACAAUACACCAGCGCGUUCAUUCUGGAGAAAAACCAUAUCAGUGCUCACAAUGUGGGAAGAGUUUUAUUCAACAGAGUGUUCUCAAACUACACCAGCGUGUUCACACUGGGGAGAAACCGUAUCAGUGCUCACAGUGUGAAAAAGGUUUUAGUCGACAGUGUCAUCUCGAAAGACACCAGCACAUUCACACUGGAGCACAACCUUAUCCCUGCUUACAGUGUGAAAAGAGUUUUAGUCGACAGAGUCAUCUUACAAAGCACCAGCGUAUUCACACUGGAGAAAAACCCUAUCAGUGCUCACAGUGUGAGAAGAGUUUUAAUCAAAAGAUCAAUCUUAAAAUACACCAGCACAUUCACACUGGAGAGAGACCCUAUCAGUGCUCACAGUGCGAGAAGAGUUUUACAACAGGAAGUAGUCUUAAAAUACACCAGCGCACUCACAAUGGAGAAAAACCGUAUCAGUGCUCACAGUGCGAGAAGAGUUUUACAGCAGGAAGUAAUCUUAAAAAACACCAGCGCAUUCACACUGCAGAGAAAGCGUAUCAGUGCUCACAGUGUAAGAAGAGUUUUACAACAGGAAGUAGUCUUAAAAGACACCAGCGCAUUCACACUGCAGAGAAAGCGCAUCAGUGAGGAAAGAGUUUUACUGAGCAGAGAACUGGACAAAUGAAAGGAAGUGUGUUUGUGCUCAGCAGCUCUGUAAUCGUGCUGUAAGCAAACUGCUGCUCCGGUAUCAUGUGCUCCGGGUUUUAGUUGAUGGUUUCUGAAUGGGAUUGUGGGUCAGAUGUGUGGAGAAAGAGGCCUAGAAGAAAAGCUUCUCCUCUCAUGGACUGUCGGGCGUGGUCAGUCUUUAUUAUUGGAGAUGGUAGCUGGUAGGACAGACGGAGUAAUCUAGUGGAUCUAAAUCCAGGGUGGUGGUGACAUCUGGAGAUCUCAGGAGAACAUUGUAAUGAGGAGAGGUGUGAGUCCUACACAGAAGAUCGCUCAGUAGUUAGAGCAGCUGGUUCCAUUACUUUAAAGUGGAACCUUCAGCAUGUAAAGUGUAAUAAUGAAGAAUCCUGAUCAACAAAGAUCCACCCACCAUAAAUGUUCUGGACCUCGAGGAACUGAACUUUUUAAUUGCUUUUAAUAGUAUCAAACUAUUUUCUUUUAAAUAUGUCAGAUAUUUUGUGGUUCCUGAUGAUUUAAUUCAUGAUGAGUUAACAUGAUUGUGUUAUUUAAUGUAGAAUCAGAAUUUUGUUUUUGGUGUUCUUACAAUAAAUGUUA